CAGUUAGGAAAACUAGGUACCGUAGCCUGAGCUGCUCAACAUUUAUACAAAUAAAGCUGAGGCCGAGAAAGAAGAAUUCUUACCACGAAACUAGGUUAAAGCCAGCCGCCAGAGAGCCCUGGCCCAAUUCCUGCUAAUGCCUCCGGGGGCGGCGCCCUCGUGUGCCGUCACUUCCCUUAGCGCUGCUCACCCCGCCCAACCUCUCCCCUCCCAGAGUAGGGUCUAGUGUUUGCGCGGGGUUGAGGCCACCCGAGGCUCCGAGCGGCUGCUGUCAGUGUGUUGGGACUUGUGAGACUGCUGGACAGUACGGGUGGGGACUGAGAGCUGCGGAGAAAGUGGGUCGGAUUUAACCUGCACUGGAAGCGUGCUGGAGUUGGACGGCGGAGUGCACUCAGAUAGCAAAUUCCUAAGAAGAAAAUAAUGGAUAGCACAUCAGUUGCUCUCUAAGUGUUUGGACACAGAAGUGUGCAGGAUUGUAGCAAAGCCCAGAAGAAGAUGGCAACCCCUUAUGUGCCAGUUCCUAUGCCCAUAGGGAACUCUUCUUCCAGCUUUACAACCAACAGAAAUCAAAGAAGUUCUUCUUUUGGGAGUAUUUCAACAAACUCAAACUCUUCCAAAGGCCAGUUAGAAGAAUCAAAUAUGGGAAACUUAAAACAGACAAGUGUACCUGAUCUAAUGGAUGGCAGCCCCCUCGUUAGGACUAAAUUUACAAAUGCAAAUUCUUCCAUUGAGUAUUCUACUAGACCAAGAGAAAGUGAAGAACAAAAUUCUGAAACAGUGAAUUUGGAAGAUAGGCCUUCUACACCUACUAUUUUAGGUUAUGAGGUGAUGGAAGAAAGAGCUAAAUUUACUGUAUAUAAAAUUCUAGUAAAGAAAACCCCAGAAGAAAGUUGGGUAAUUUUCAGAAGAUACACUGACUUCUCUAGGCUUAAUGAUAAAUUAAAAGAGAUGUUUCCAGGCUUUCGAUUAGCACUUCCACCAAAACGCUGGUUUAAAGAUAAUUACAAUGCCGACUUUUUAGAAGAUAGACAAUUAGGAUUACAAGCAUUUCUUCAAAAUUUAGUAGCUCACAAGGACAUUGCUCAAUGCCUGGCAGUGAGAGAAUUUCUUUGUCUGGAUGAUCCACCAGGUCCAUUUGAUAGCCUAGAAGAAAGCAGGGCUUUCUGUGAAACUUUAGAGGAGACAAACUACCGUUUUCAGAAAGAAUUAUUUGAAAAACAAAAAGAGGUGGAGUCACUGAAGAAACUGCUCAGUGAGAAGCAACUACAUAUAGAGAUGCUAGAGAAAAGGAUCAGAGCAUUGUGUUUAGAACCUGAGGAGUCACUGCACUUGUCAGGUACAGAAGGUGAACAGAUCCUAAAGGUGGAUGCCCCUGUACUUCAGUUUGGUCAAGAAUUCUUGGAUGAAGAAUCCAGAGCUGAUGACAAGUCAUGCUUAAGUUUUAGUGAACCUGAAAAUUCUGUGUUAGAGGUAGAAGUAGCAGAAGUGGCUUACCAUGCAGAAGAAGACUAAUCCAUCAUAGCCAUUCCUUCCCUUUCUACAUCUCAGCAGCUUUAGAUUAUUUACUGAAAAUAGCGAGAAUGCACAUGUAUAAAGUUUACAUGAAGGAAAGUGUUUUAAGUUAUGGGGGUAAGAAGUAUAUUCACUGAUACUUUAAAUUGUCUUUUAUUCAACCUUUGGAUUUAAUACACUAAAAAAAAUCUAGAGUUCUGCUAUCAAGACCCACAUCCUUAAAUACUGUGCAUAAAUUAUUUUGGUUUUUUUUGUCAGUAUAUUGCUCCAAACCACCAAUGUGUGUUUAUGUUACCAGUUAUAUUAGUCAAAUGGAAAUUUAUUGCAUGUUGCUCUCACCGUCUGGUUGAGAUAUACUUCUUUGUGUCUCUGCCAUGAUUUAGUUGGUAAAGAACUAAGUUUUAAAUGUUGAAAUGUUUACCAUCUCAAAAUAAAAACUGCUUAUUUAGAAUGCUACUAUUAAAAGUAGAAAACUUUCUAGUACCAAAGGAAAACUAUUUGAAAGAGCUGUGAUAAUAUAACUAAAGUGCUAAAAUAGCCUUGAUUUUAAAAGUUAAUUCAUUAAUAUCAAAAUACUAUAAGUGUCCUGGUUUAUUGUUAUACUUGUUUAUUUUCUACAUAAUCUUUAUCUUAAAUCUCUACCUAUAGAAUCAUUGAGUUUGCCUCUUUGAGAACGCUACCUCUUUUGCUAAGCAAGGCAUACUCUUUUGAAAAUACAUUAUGGAUUCUAAGCAAAUAAGGAGUUAUUCAAAAAAAUACAAAUAAAAAGCCAUACACACACACACACACACACACACACACACACAGAGUUCCUAGCUAUGUAGACUCCUGGCAUUGCAUGUCUAUAUGUAUAAAUAUGUUGCUAUAUUCUGUUCUUGGCAAUUUUCUUUUUAAUAUAUUUAGCCAAGUGAUGCACUUUAUGGUAAUUAAAGUCUUUCGUGCCAAGUUGAAUUGGUGAAUUUCUUUAGUGAGUAGAGUUACGUACGGCCUUCAGUACUUCGCUUUUUACAAGUCUCCUGGGGUCUGCCUAUUUAGCUUUAUAAAAAAGUGUUCAUUUCUGUUUUGUGUACAGUUGUCAAAAGUGCCUUGUUUCAUUUUUAUAGUGUGGAGUUAUUCAUUUUCUAUUUCUACUGUUUUGCAUAUUGCUGUUAGUAAGCAUCAUAAUAACGCUAGCAUUUUGAGAUCCUAGUUGAUAUAUUGAACUC